GACAUGCAUUCAUCCUCGUCUAUGUCAACUUGCUUAUUGUGGAGGAAGCGAAGGCUAUUGUAGGCUGGGAAGGCAUUAGAGAUCAAAUUCGCAUGGAGGACCACAGAAGAGGAGAAGCCACGAACGAUCCUCAAGAAACCAAAACGCCGUUAGAAAAUUUAACCGAGGACGAUCUUAUCAUCUUAAAGUUAAACUACGAGCAGUUCACACCAAUUAUCAGAGGCAUUUUCUUUAUCAUGACCAUGAUGAGUGUCCUAAGUGAUGUGAUGCUGGCGUGCACUGUCAUGUUCUUCCAUACAAUGCCACAGAAAGUAGCUGGAGGUGCAAUUGCUAUGGCUACAUGGUUCUGUACAUACAGAUUAUGGUAUAAAUAUGAUGCUUCUCCAGGAUUGCCUGGUUCUGGUAUCUUCCAGUACCAGACUGUAAAAGAAAAGCCAAAGGAUAGUUCAAGCAGAUUGAGAAGACGUUCCUCUAUCUGCAAGGAACACAAGGAUAGUUUACCAACAUUUAUGGGAAUGCCGUUAUAUGGCCUAAAGAAGGAUAUAGAGGAUAAGAAGAAAGAGAAUGAAAAAGAAGAGGACAGGUCUGGCUUGGAAGAUUUUGGGGAAAUGCCUGACCGUAGUUCAAGAAAUGGAGUAUACGGAGACUUUGGUUCCUCAAGAAGUAGAACAUGGAGGAGGUAGAGGGCAGUAGAGUGAUUUAUAAAGUAAUUUUUCUGAUACUAGCAAUAUGCUUCAGAAAUGUUCUGUCAUAGAAAAAAUAAUUACACAACUAUUGAAACUCUUUAUAUGCUUAUCGUUCACUAGUCUUUUUAUCAGCGAAACUGCUUUUCUUAGCCAUUUUAUACCUAAUUUAGAUAUUUUAACAUGACAAUGUGUGAAAGAAUUUGCCUAAUAGAUAUCUAGUCACAAUCAAUCUCUAGACUGCACAAAUCCUCUGAACUCUCAAAUGCACUAGUAUUAAUAUUACUCUUACAAUGCAGAUGUUAAGAUUAGGAUCAUUUUUAUACACAAGCAAAUGCUCAGUCAGGCAUACAAGGUAUUUGUUUUUAUAUGUAUAUACUAAUACAUCAGCAGAAUUUCAAUUAGCUUCAUAUGGUGCAGUUAAUCUCAUAUAUAUUGAAUAAAUUUUUGAAGUAUACCAUAUUUGACAGAAUAUUAGACCCCCCCUUAAUUCAGCACAGCUUCUCUCUCUCUCUCUCUCAGAUUCAGACUCUCUCUCUCUCUCUCAGAUUCAGACUCUCUCUCUCUCUCUCAGAUUCAGACUCUCUCUCUCUCUCUCAGAUUCAGACUCUCUCUCUCUCUCUCAGAUUCAGACUCUCUCUCUCUCUCUCUCUCUCUCUCUCUCUCUCUCUCUCUCUCUCUCUCUCUCUCUCUCUCUCUCUCUCUCUCUCUCUCUCUCUCUCUCUCUCUCUUUCAAGUACAUCUUAAAUACUGUAAAAUACAGUAUAUUUUAUUUGUUCUUGGCAACUAUUCAGACAACACAGUUAUUAGGAUACAAACCAAAGAUCACUUUCACCCUUUCAUUUCAUUACCAAAACCUUUCCCAUCUCCAUUUAGAUAUUUUUUAGGAGUGUGAGUGAAAUAUUUACAACAUACCCAAUACUGUAGACCUUAGUUUUACGAUGAAGAUUGUUUUGACUCACACGGCUCCUAGUACAAGACUGUGGUAACUCCAUCCACACACAUUUGCUUUUGGACUCUGUGGUCAAAUGGCAGCUUGUUGCAGGAGGCUUUCUUCCUCUUUGGAUCCGUCUGGAGUCUCAGAUUCAGUCACCUUUUGUUUUUGUAUUUUCUGAGCUGUAAAAUUUUGAACAGCUGUCAGUUAUGAUUUCCAAGUGGAAUUACUCUGGAUAGAGAGAGAAAAUUAUAUGCAAAGCAGGUUAGGACCCAUAUUUUAUUACAUGUUGAAGAAUGAAAAACUAGUUAUAAAAUUUUUCUUCUUUAGUGAAGAUACCAUCACUAAUUUGCAUGCAUUUGUAUUGAUGAAGAAUGCAUCUGCAUCCUUUCAUGGAUGUAUAUGAUUGUUAAUUAUUCCAAUAAUGCAAAUUAUUUAUGGUUGUGGAAGUCAGGUACCAGUGUUACUUCCCUUCUGUCUUUGAGUGUUGCAUUCAUUCUGGCCCUGAUAUUCAAAUUAUUUAUAUAGUAUGUGAAUUUCUUAUUACUAUAAAAUGUUAAUCCAGUUUGUCACAAACAUGUUGAAUUUAUAAUGUGUUUAUAAUGCUUACUAUUUCACUUGUCUUUCAUAGUUUCUUUAAUAUUCUACCACUGCUUGUUGAUGAUAAAUCUAGAAGUGUAUUCUUCAUACCAUUUUCUUCAUAUAUAUAUAAUGAUGUGUAUUUACUUAUCUGUUUAUCUUUGUACACUAUGCUACUUUUUAAAAUAAUAAUAAUUAUUAUUACUGUCAUCAUUACUAUUACUACUAUUUUUUUUUUAUAAUUAUUUUUAAUAUUAGUUUGGUGUAUCAAAUAAACUAAUUUCCCAGUUAUUUAUUUUUGUUGGCACACAACAUUGUUUUUUACUUUUCUCAUUAUAAAGAUAAUGAUGAUGACAAGUCCAUACUCUUGCAAAAAUAUUUCUUUGGGAAUUAUUGUAUUCGUAAACAGGAGCCAUUUAUGCAGAAGUUAGGGUUGUAAAAAUAGUUUAUCCCAUUGAUAAAUUCUAGGGGUUUCAAAUAUGAUGAAUGCAUAGAGAUGGUGUGCAAGAGAUAAAAAAAAAGUACAAAAUUGCAUAGAUACUUUGCAGUUCUAAGAUACCACCUCUGGCAUUUUCCAUUCAUAGUAGUACCUUGAGUUAUUUUUAGUUGAUAAUACGAAGUGUAUCACUAUUUCAUAAUUGCAGAAAGGUGUUUAGUUUGUGGACUCAACAACAUUUAAAGAGCAUAAGGAUUUUUUCAGUGUAACCUGUCUUGUCUUUCCUCUUAAUGAGUUCAAGUGUUUGUUGAAAGUUGGCAAGUUUUAACCAUUGCUCAAUCCUGCCUAGUCAGUGUCUUAUUGUAUUAUUUAUAUCAGUGGUUUUUAGGACAUUUGUGUUUUUAUAUAUGUGUGCUAAACAUUUUAGGAAUAUCCUUAGAAAUCCAUGUUUGUUCCAUCUUUGUGUAGUACAUCUGGUCCUCUACAAUAUCAGGAUAUUUACCAGAGGAUAAAAGCAAUUUAAGAUACCCCUUUUACAAUUUUCUUUAAUGUGUUCUUGCAGCUAAAAUAAUUGUCAGUGUAUUUGAAAACUAAAAUGCAUUACUAGCAUGGAACAAUUAUAAAAGUAAUAUAUAGAAAUAUUUAUAUUUUUGGCUGAAAUCAGAUAAAUGCCUCAGUUAUAAGCAAGUUUGGUUUCCAUAUACAAGUUAUUUAUUUGUAAAGAGUAAAACUAAAAAUAAUGGACUGUGAUAAAUACAGGCAAGAGGCAAUGUGGGCAUUAUUUUAUAUUAUUCCUAAUGUUAACCACUUAAUAUCCACAUAUUAGUGUAAAAAAUUGUCUAAUGAAAUAUAGCACAAAAACAUA